AGAGAAGUUACGCCCCGCAGCACAGCAGAGCGCCGGGCGUGCCAGGGUUCCUCUGUCCAGUGCGCGCCAGAUCACACUGCGCUGCAGCAUCCGGAGGACCGGCAGGAUGAGCACUAGACUACUCCUCUCCCUCUCCACACACACCGCUCCAUACGCAUUCCGGAUGAGUGUAAAUGCGCAAUGAUCGACUCACGGCUUGCCCUUCCGUCAGCUGUCCGAGAUGAAACUCCCGGUUUAACGGGGAUGCUGCAUCUGCUCAAUUAUUGAUAACUGUUAUGUUUGUUUUGGAUGUGAAUUGUCUCGGGGUGUUUUCAGUGAACGAAAUGACUGUGACGCGUAGCGGCUUUCUGAAGGAGAAGAGCAUCCUCGCCGUCACCGGUGAGCGGGAUCGGGCGUGUAACGGAGCAUCUUUUCUCUCAUUCGGAGUAUAGUGCGGGGCCGCUCCUGUUGCUGAAGCCUAUGUGUGUGGGGGUCUGCGUAUGAUGCUCAAAGGAAUGAUUUGGACAUCUUUAUAAAAGCAAAACACGCUGCCAAAUAGACAUUUGUUCAACUCAGCGCGUCAAAAAAGCUCUUGGUAUGGCUGAGAAGACCUUAGAGCCGGGGUCUGUCUCCAUUCCUAUGGAGGAGACGAAGCGUGCUGGUGGAGAUGCUGCCAUGUUGACCCACCUGAAGAAGGUGGAGAACCACAUCACUGAGGCUCAGAGGUUUUCACAUCUGCCCCGCCGUUCAACAGUGGAUCUGGAGUUUACAGAGCUCUCCUACACCAUCCGUGAAGGCCCCUGUUGGAGGAGGCGAGGAUUUAAGGCCCUUCUGAAGUGUCUGUCCGGAAAAUUCUGCAGUCGGGAGCUGAUCGGAAUCAUGGGGCCCUCAGGAGCCGGCAAAUCCACCCUCAUGAACAUCCUUGCUGGAUACAGAGAGACGGGUAUGAAAGGUCAGAUCCUGGUAAAUGGGCGACCCCGUGACCUCCGCACCUUCAGAAAAAUGUCAUGUUACAUCAUGCAAGAUGACAUGCUACUGCCACACCUGACAACACGAGAGGCAAUGAUGGUGUCAGCCAACCUUAAACUUAACGAAAAUAUGGAGGUGAAAAAAGAACUGGUUAAUGAGAUUCUAACAGCAUUAGGACUACAGGAGUGUGCCCAAACUCGCACCAUCUCUCUGUCCGGUGGCCAGUGUAAACGCUUGGCGAUUGCCUUGGAGCUGGUCAACAACCCUCCAGUCAUGUUUUUUGAUGAACCCACCAGUGGUCUAGACAGCGCAUCCUGUUUCCAGGUGGUGUCCUUGAUGAAAUCUCUGGCUCAAGGAGGAAGAACCAUCAUCUGUACCAUCCACCAGCCCAGCGCAAAACUGUUCGAAAUGUUCGACAAGCUUUAUAUCCUGAGUCAGGGUCAGUGUAUAUAUAAGGGGACGGUGCCGUAUCUUAUCCCUUACCUGAAAAACCUUGGACUCCACUGCCCCACCUACCACAAUCCUGCUGACUUUAUAAUCGAGGUCGCCUCGGGAGAGUACGGUGACCUGAACCCUGUGCUCUUCGAAGCUGUUCAAGGAGGCCUGUGUUCAGAUGACAGUAAGAAGAACUCCAGUGACAAGAAUGACCCCACCACUUCCUGUCCAUCCCAGUGUUAUCCUGAUUCUGGAUACAUUGAGAAACACACUUUUGCCACCAGUACCCUCACACAGUUCUGCAUCCUCUUCAAGAGAACCUUCAUUACUAUAUGCAGGGACGUGGUAUUAACCCACCUGAGAGUGAUGUCGCACCUGUGUAUCGGCGUGUUGAUUGGCCUGCUGUAUCUGAACAUUGGGAAUGAUGCCAGCAAAGUGUUCAACAACACUGGCUUCCUGUUCUUCUCUAUGCUGUUUCUCAUGUUUGCUGCUCUCAUGCCCACCGUCCUAACAUUUCCACUGGAGAUGGGUGUGUUCAUAAGAGAGCAUCUUAAUUACUGGUACAGUUUAAAGGCGUAUUACUUGGCUAAGACCAUGGCUGACAUUCCAUUCCAGGUCAUUUGUCCGAUUAUGUACUGCAGUAUAGUGUACUGGAUGACAGAGCAACCCCCAGAGGCAGGCAGAUAUCUGCUGUUUAUGGCUCUGUCCACCUCCACUGCCCUGGUGGCUCAGUCUCUGGGGCUUCUCAUCGGAGCUGCAUCCACUUCACUUCAGGUUGCCACAUUUGUAGGACCGGUCUCCGCCAUCCCAGUCCUUCUGUUCUCUGGCUUCUUUGUCAACUUUGACACCAUCCCGAAAUAUCUUCAAUGGAGCUCUUAUGUGUCAUAUGUCAGAUAUGGCUUUGAGGGUGUGAUCCUCUCCAUCUACGGCAUGAACCGCUCAGAGUUGGAGUGUCCCGGCAUAGUGUGCAAGUUCCAGAAACCAGAGGAGGUCCUGCAGCUGUUGGAUGUGGAGGACGCAAAGCUCUAUGUGGACUUUAUGGUGCUGGGGGUCUUCUUUUUAGUUCUCAGACUUGCCACUUACUUUGUCCUGCGUUACAAAGUCAAGUCAGAGCGUUAG